CUGUGAUGUAUUGCUUUGCCCUUCGUCAAUGAGCAAGGAAAAGUAAUCGAGCUGAAUCGUUGUAUUAGCAGGCGGCUGAUUCGGAAGCAGACAUGUUUCGAAACCAGUAUGACAAUGAUGUUACUGUUUGGAGCCCACAGGGACGGAUCCAUCAGAUCGAAUAUGCCAUGGAGGCAGUGAAGCAGGGUUCUGCCACAGUGGGGCUCAAGUCCCAGACACAUGCUGUUUUAGUGGCCUUAAAGAGGGCUCAGUCUGAGCUGGCAGCGCAUCAGAAGAAGAUCCUCCAUGUGGAUAACCAUAUUGGAAUUUCCAUCGCUGGACUGACUGCUGAUGCCAGACUGCUCUGUAACUUCAUGCGUCAGGAGUGUCUGGAUUCCAGAUUUGUCUUCGACCGGCCUCUUCCUGUUUCCCGUCUGGUCUCCCUUAUUGGGAGCAAAACCCAAAUCCCUACACAGCGUUAUGGCCGGAGGCCAUAUGGAGUAGGCCUUCUUAUAGCAGGCUAUGAUGACAUGGGACCCCACAUCUUCCAGACCUGCCCCUCAGCUAAUUACUUUGACUGUAAGGCCAUGUCUAUUGGAGCACGCUCCCAGUCUGCCCGCACAUACCUGGAGAGACACAUGGAGACCUUCCCUGACUGUAGUCUGAAGGCACUGGUGAAGCAUGGACUCUGUGCACUCCGAGAAACUCUGCCUGCUGAACAGGACCUCAACACCAAGAAUGUUUCCAUUGGAAUUGUGGGUAGAGACAUGGAGUUCACCAUCUAUGAUGAUGACGAUGUCUCGCCUUUCCUUGAGGGAUUAGAGGAGAGACCUCAGAGGAAGGUCGUGCAGCCAGCAGAAGAGUCGUCUCCAGCUGCCCCUGAUGAGCCCAUGGAACACUGAGGUGCCCCCCACACCUCCAGUCACAGAGGAGCUACAACAUUUAAUUCUGGAUAAACAAAAUUGCCCUCUGCCAUCUGGUUAUAAGCCUUUGUUUUUUUGUGUGUUAAAUUCAAUAAAUGUUUUUUUUCUCAA